ACGUGACCCGUUCUGAACCCGGAAGAGUGUCGUCAUACACGGAAAUCUAUACAAUAGGGCAAUUAGCUAAUUUGCAAGGUAAAACAUUUUUUUUUAGGUGAAGUGGAACUCAAAUACACGCGGACAUGGAUGAAACACUCUUCCAACUGAAGUUUACAGCAAAACAGCUUGAGAAACUUGCCAAAAAGGCAGAGAAGGAUUCCAAAUCUGAGCAAGCCAAAGUUAAAAAGGCUCUUCAGUUGAAGAAUGUGGACGUUGCCAGAGUGUAUGCAGAGAAUGCCAUCCGUAAGAAGAACGAGGGCCUUAAUUGGCUGCGCAUGGCAUCUCGUGUUGAUGCUGUAGCCUCCAAGGUCCAGACUGCAGUCGCUAUGAAGGCGGUCACAAAGAAUAUGACGCAGGUCACAAAGGCACUCGACAAGGCACUGGGUUCCAUGGACCUGCAGAAGGUGUCUGCUGUCAUGGACAAGUUUGAGACACAGGUCCAGAACCUGGAUGUUCACACCUCUGUGAUGGAGGACUCGAUGAGCUCGGCCACCACGCUGACCACGCCCCAAGACCAGGUGGAUGACCUCAUCCUCCAGAUAGCAGAGGAGAGUGGUCUGGAGGUGAUGGACCAGCUCAGCCAGGUGCCUGCAGGAGCCACCUCACUGGGAGAGAGCUCCUCGCGCUCACAGCACGAGAAGGAGGACCAGCUGUCCCGCAGGUUGGCAGCGUUGCGGAACUGAAGAUAUAUCUUGGGUAUUUGCGAGACAGAUGGAGGCUUGACAGCUGCUUGGGAACAGACAGCGGAGGGAGCUGUGUGACUCUAUCGAACUGUUUUUAUCGUGAUGACCUAAUGAGCCUAUUGAUUUCCAUCCCCACAUCUAUUUAUAUGCACACUCACACUGUGUUGCUGAAAAUACCACCUGAGAAGGCAUGGGUCUCUCCUUUGUCUCUCUGUCCAUCUCUCUCUCUAUGUCCCUCUCUGUCGCUGUCCAUCUCUCUCUCUGUUGCACAACAAUCUAUUUUCCCCACCUCUGGUUUUCCCUCUCCCAUAUCAGUCUUUCUGUCUCUCACUCUUGUCUUCUCUCCUUCAGGGCUCCCUUAAAUAUUCCCCUUGGUUGGUUAGUUCUUGUGAAUUUUGGUACAUUGCCACUUGAGAAUUUCUUUCUGUAUGUAUAUUUGAAGGGGAGGGUUUUCCUGAAAAUAAAAAAGGGUUUUACAAAAUAUAUAAAUCCUAUAGUGGAAAGGGGUGUUUUAAAACAGACAUAUUCAUGUAAUGUAAGGACCCCUGGCACUUAUUUUGCCAGGGGUCCUUAUAUUUGUAUUUCAAAUGUGGGGUUGUCUUUGUUUUUAUAUUUAAUAUCUUUUGUUUUCUAUUUGCUACCGGUCAGAUGGAAGGAGUAUAACACAGGUUCUCUUCAACACAGUGUGAAGGGGAGGCCUUCUACCAAACAGACCAUCAAUGAGUGCUCUGAUGUAUACCAACUUUUCCACAGUUUGACAACACAAAGAAAGUCAUGRCAUCACACACACUACUUCUUAACUCAUAGUAGAAAUGAUCCUUUGACAUAAUGUAAUCAUUAGUUAUAUAUACUGUACAGAGAGGACAAUCCUCAGUCAUGUUUUUUUUUAAGCAGUCAAAUUAACUACUUUUUGUUUCUWUAUUUCUCUUAAUCUUUUGCUAAUUCAUGCCUAUUUGCUUUGAAUAUUUAUGCCUUAUUGGGAUGCAGGUAUUUGCGUAGGUGCUUCUCCUCAGUGCCUGAAUUCAACUAGUUCUAGUGAUUGAUCCUAUGUAGGUUAUGUCAGCAUAUAAUAAGGAUUCCCCUUUCUGUACCCAUCAAACCAGAAAUGUGGCUGCUGUAGCUACAGUAAGACAUUUUGGGAAUCAUUUUCAGUUUACAGGGGGAGGUUUAUUUAUACUCAUGUGUUUUAUCUUGUGGAAAUAAAAGCCCUCUGAUAUGAAAA